AUGAUGGGACAGAUGAAAAAGGAGAUUCCGGAUGACAUGCUCCAUGAUGAUCAGAUUGGUUCCCAGUUGAAUGACGAGGGUAAUGACAGAAGUGCCUGUGGAGUUGCUCUGAAGAAAGGGCCAUGGACAACUGCUGAAGAUGAUAUAUUGGUCAAUUAUGUCAAGAAGAACGGAGAGGGGAACUGGAAUGCCGUUCAGAAGCAGACAGGCCUGCUGCGUUGCGGAAAAAGUUGUCGAUUGCGAUGGGCUAAUCACCUAAGGCCCCAUUUAAAGAAAGGGGCAUUUACUGAGGAAGAGGAGCGCUUGAUUUGUGAGCUUCAUGCAAAAAUGGGAAACAGAUGGGCACGCAUGGCAGUGCAUUUACCUGGUCGUACCGACAAUGAGAUAAAAAACUAUUGGAACACUCGGAUCAAGAGGCGUCACCGAGCUGGCCUGCCACUUUAUCCUCCUGGUAUACAUCAAGCGACUCUUAAUAACCAAAGCACUGGUAGAAUUAAUGGUGGCAAUAAAGUGCAUUCUGAUUUCUUGCAUAAAAGGAGUUUUAGUAUGCAUGAUGCAAUGUUUGAUAUUCUGAAGGAUACCCAGGGAAUCUUACCUUAUUCGCCUGAUAUUUCUGGUUAUGGCAAUAUGGAAAAUGGUUUUGAUUCUUCUCAGUACUGUAGUUUUGUGCCAUCAACAUCAUCUAACCCCAAACGUUUUCGAGAGUCCCCAAUGCCGUUUCUUGAUUUCGGUUGUAUUGACAGAAACGGUAUUUAUCCAUAUGAACAUACUCAGGAUGAUGCUUUUGAUAAGUUGACACAAUCAUUUGGGGUGCAAUCCCCUCUUGAUCCUGGUUUCUUCUCAAACAGCUUACCGUGUUAUAGCCAUUCACUUAAAAAUGGCAACUUCUCUACUUCUAAGCCUUUUGAGGUUGUGAAGUCGGAGCUCCCUUCACUCCAAUAUCCGGAAAUUGAUUUAGGUAGCUGGGGUACAUCUCCCCCACAUCCUUUACUUGACUCAAUUGAUGAUUUUAUCAAGUCUCCUACACCAAUUAGUACACUGGAGUCAGAUUGUUCUUCUCCACAAAAUAGUGGCCUGCUGCAAUCUGUACUUCAUCAGCGGAAGACUCCGAGCAGUUCAAAAAACCAAUAUUAUGACAGAAGUUCAAAUUCAUUUGCUGCAACUCCCCGUGAAAGAGAUGACCUCUCAGCUUGGUGCAUGUAUGAGCCAGAAUGGGAAGACUAUGCUGACCCUGUAUCUCCAUCUGGUGUAUCUUCAAUAUUGAAUGAGUGCCCUGCUGUUGGUGCCAACAUAAAUUCACUGGAUGAACAGCCACCUGUUCAGACCGAUAAUGGCAACAUUAUGAAAUCAGAGUAUGUUGACCGUGCAUGGUCCCCUGACAGUGCUUAUAUCAAGUCUCUGUUGAACAAUAGUCGGCCAGAUUUUGUGCUUGAUUCAGAUUGGUAUGAGCCGUGUUCUCGGCGUGACAAUAACCAAUCCAUUGCCACUGACUAUAAACAUAUGACUGCUGCUGGAACUUCUAACCCGAGUCAGGUAUGGGAGUUAAGUUCUUAUGGAUGGAACAACAUGCCUGCUGUCUGUCAAGUAUCUGAUCUUGGUUAA